AUGGGUGAUAGCGCUUUUAGAUGGACAGUUUGUGGGGCUAGUGCUGGAUUAGCUGUAGAUUUAGGCUUAUAUCCAUUAGAUACUAUCAAAACAAGAAUCCAAAGUAAAGAUGGAUUUAGAGCUGCAGGAGGAUUUACUAAAAUUUACAGUGGGAUGGGUUCGGUCGCCAUAGGAUCGGCUCCGGGCGCAGCACUCUUCUUCCUUUCUUAUGAAUACUGCAAGAGACUUUUUGUACAUAAUAAUGUGGCUAGUCAUGCUGCUGCUGCCAGUGUAGGUGAAGUUGUAGCUUGUUUGAUUCGUGUACCUACGGAACUAAUCAAGCAGCGUGCUCAGGCAACUAAAUCUCAUAAUCUAACUUCAAUAGCUAAAGAAAUUUAUCAAAGACAUGGAUUGACUGGUUUUUACCGUGGCUAUAGUAGUACAAUCGCGAGAGAAAUUCCUUUUGCUGUCAUCCAGUACCCUCUAUGGGAAUUUCUGAAGAAGAAGGCGUCACCGAGCAAUGAUGGCAAAUGUUCUCCAGUUGUGGGUGCAGCUUGUGGUAGCGUCGCUGGAGCAAUUUCCGCGGGAUUAACAACUCCUCUAGAUGUAGCUAAAACGAGAAUAAUGCUAUCGAAGGCUGAUAUUGCUCCGACUGUGGCGAAUACUCUCCGAGAGGUUUACAGUACAGGAGGCGUUAAAUCAUUGUAUGCUGGAUUGACUCCCAGAGUACUAUGGAUAUCCAUAGGAGGAUUUGUGUAUUUCGGAGCUUAUGAAAGCGUACUGAAGUUGACAUAUUGGAUAGCACCAUAG